CAAAAGUCUUCUACCUUCUAUUCCUUGUUCUUUAUCAUAGACUAAGACUGCCAACGUCUUUUUGUUUAUUCUACACAUUCGCAAUGUCUUUCCUCAGGAAUUACUUCGGAACCUCGAAGCCUGCUCCGGCAGCAGCCAAGGAGGAGGAGAAGGAGGACAAGAGGCCCGUCCGUGCUCUUCCUGCUUCCUGGUACACCUCUGAGGACAUGUACGAGCUUGAGCGACGAGCCAUCUUCUCACGCAAGUGGCUCCUCACGACGCACAAGCACCGCGUCCCCAACGCUGGCGACAUGGUUCGCUACAGCACCGCUGGCUAUGAAUACGUCAUCAUGAAGGACCAGGAUGAAAACAUUGGCGGCUACGAGAGCAACAGUCUCAAGCCCAUCCACAUCCACAUUGACUGCAAUGGCUUCAUCUGGGUCAACUUGGAUGCUGGCGAGAAGCCCGAGAUCUCCUGGGAAGACGACUUUGAAGGCGUCGACACGCAGCCCCGCUACCAGCACUACAACUUCGAGGACUAUUCCUUCGACCACACCUGGGACAUGGAGGGCGAGUUCAACUGGAAGAUCCUCGCCGACAACUACAACGAGUGCUACCACUGUCAAGUCGCGCACCCGGAUAUCCCCACAAUCGCCGACCUGAACUCGUACUACGUCAAGACCAAAGACAACCAGAUCCUGCACUACGGUGCCCAGCGCCAGGACCAGAUCGAGAAGGGAUUCCGCAUUGCAACCACUUACUUCUGGCCCAAUGCCUCUUGCAAUGUCUCCCCCCACUUCUUCUUCAUGCAGCGCUUCACCCCAAUCAGCCCAGGCAAGUGCGUCAUGCGCUACGAAGUCUACCGCAACAACAACGCCAGCGACGAGCAAUUCACCACCAUCAGCGACAUGUACAAGCGAAUCAUGUCUGAGGAUAAAUACCUCUGCACCCACUCCCAAAAGAACCUCAACGCAGGCAUCUUCGUCAACGGCGAGCUGCACCCGGAGAUGGAGAAGGGACCCAUCCACUUCCAGCGCACCGUCCGUGACAUCGUCACCGAGCAUCACAAGAAGGAACUCGCUGCCGGUCAUCAGAUCUCGCCUGCCCACCGGGGGCCUGUUAGCCAGGACAACACUACCGUGUCAGCGGGCUUUGAUGCCGGUAGUGGGGAGCUGAGUGACCUGAAGAUGAACGUGGCUCAGGUACAGGUGACCGAGUUGCAGGUUUAGACGCGUCUGGUCUGGUCGAGAGACGGCUAUGAACAGCUUAAUGGGAUAUGAAUUACUAGCGGGAUUUGUUUGUUUCAUAAACUAAGAUAGCACUGGUUGUUUACAUUAUUUGCAUGUAUCAUUUAUUCUAUUUGCAUAUUGAUUUUAUGGCAUUAAUACAUUUACUAUUCAACUCUAUUUGGCUUCAUGAUUCAAAGGUUAAAAGGUUAGCAACUAGGAUGAAUAUCAUAUUCUCCUUUUAUAAUUUUGUUUGGUAUAAUCCAAUCCUCAUUCUACGCUCAUGGUCCUAUCUAAAGCCUUGCAGAGAUACUCAUGCGCUUAUUUUACUCUACAAAUCGGAAGACGGUCUGCAUGUCUGCAAUUGAAC